GAGUCAAUGGCGACGAAGGCUUGUAGAACAUCCACAACAGCCCGGAAUCAGCAGGGCUCGAGCCAUUAGCAUCUAUGCAUUAUCCUUUUAAAUAUUAGAAGAUUUGAAGAUGACAUCUCUUACGUUUUUCCCACAAGGAGAUUUUCUGAAAUCAACCCCUCCCUCUUGGGGUACUGGACGUAGUGGAGCGCAAGAUCUAUGGAUUCCUCGCGCCCCAACUUGGCAUGGAACAGGGCUGCCAUCAGAUAAUCAUUACCAAACCACAUCCCUCAAGUUGAGUAAUGUCCGUGCAAAUGACGAACUAGUUCCAAGACCCCAGUCUGUCGACAUCUCAAAGCUAUGCAUCAACAAGCCCUUCCCUGCAGAGCAUCCCUACAACUCUCACAUAGAGAAGUUUGCUAUUAUCCCAUCAUUUGUCUCCCCACAAGAUCCCAAGAAAGGAGCUGAUCGCUCAAAGCCUAUCAGCAGUGAGAUGCCAGCUAAUCCUUAUGACACAAUUUUGGUGAAGAAAGUUAAAGGUUUCCCUUAUAGGGAAGAAAAGUUGUGUUUAACCUCAGAUGGUAACAAAAACCCUCUUCAUUGGGUUGGAGAAAACUAUUUUGAUCAGCAAUCUAAAGUGCAUGGGAACAAGCAAGUGUAUUACCCAACACCUAUAAAGCAGAUAGCUCCAAAUCUUCAAGAUCGUCCACCUGAGCUUCAGGUGUCCCAAAGAACACAGAAUGCCUUAAGGAAUGUUGAGCGCAACCAGUGGAUCACAAAACACCAGAUGGACUUCACAGGUUUAGGCCCAUCCAAUCCGAUGGCUCUGGAUAAUCUGGAUUGUAAAAAUUCUAGAUCUCUGCUGACGGGAGAGUUAGAUGAAAAAUUGUAUCCUUGUACCUUAAACACAUUUGAUCCAGCUCGACCAUUAGAAGGCAGGAUGCGUAGAUUGUUUGCUCCAAAGUCAGCCCAGCAGAUCUAUUUUGAGAGAGGUUUCUCUGCAGAACCUUCUACGCCUAGAAAAAUGACCAUAUCAGAGAUUGAGGAAGAUCGUCUGCUCCACGGAAAAGACUAUGUCAAUUUGCCAGAGUCUUACAACGCUGCAGUAGAAAACACAACCUGGCAUUGUUCAAAUGUAAACAAUCAACAGAGCUCUAAUGCUGAGGAUGUACAGGAGGAGCAACAGGCAGCAAACACUGCAGCUUAUGAGGAAGGAUAUGUGGACUACUUGACAGGUCAGAAGGAAACCAUGGACAGAAAGAUUCAGCAAAUGGAAGCAUCAAGCAGGUGGAAGCUACUUGAAAACGGGACCCCUGCCCAUGAUAUCAUUCAGCUUAGGGAAAAAUUUAAAAUUCUUAAAGACAAAGAAAUGCCGUCAACGUUCUACAAGCAUGAAGGGAAGUACAACGAGGAGAGGGCCUUGUUGUACAAGACCAGCUAUGACCCCCACCAACUGGCGUACUCUAUGAACUCCCAGCAGCUGAGUGGAGGGACUUUGUUCAACACCAGUAUGUCACAUGUUGACGCCAGCAAGUAUCCAACUGUGUUUUGGGAGGAGACUGAUGCAGCAUUGAAACAAAGUUCUACAGUAGUUUUCAGGAACAAUGAGUUGAGUGGAGACCGGCCGUCAACAGAUGAUAUGCUCCUACCUUACAGGGAAACUGUGGCCAUCCAGAGAUCAAUGCUACAGCCUAACGCAGUCACAGCCAGCCCUAGAGUCCAGGAAGGAGGUUUUACUCUUAAAGAAACAACGUAUGGAGACAAUCAUAACGCUCACAAGUUUCUGCAAGACAAUCGAUUGGACAUCACCGCCAGACUGGACCCGUCCUACUUGAUGUCACAUGAAAAUCAGAACCUUGAAAGAACCCGUGAAAGGGCCACCCCCAUACUGCCAUCAAUAAAAGGCAGUGGCUCGCUGAAGUCAGUCCACUUCUCAGAUGAUGUCCAGAUCAGAAACAUCAUGGACAACAUCCCUGUGAAAGUAGAGGACACUGUUGUAAAGCCACUGAGCAAAGAUGAGCAGUGUGAGCUGGAACGUCUUUAUGGACAUCAUGAUCCCACAUCUCUGGCCUUUGACCAGAGCAAGCCCCCAGCCCCGAUGAGCGGAAUGACAGGUGACGCCAGGAACCUGGCUGAAAACUUGCUGGGGAAACCCCACGUCCCUACAGUCGUGGAUCGCAAUGUGACCCUGGCACUGAAGCCGUCGUUCGUCAGCUUCACGCGCAACAAACAGCGGAAGGUCACGCCUGUGUCAGAGAUGGCGGACGAGUUCAGGAGUUUGUCGACUAAUUUUCUGCCUCAGGGUUGUCAAACUGCUCCGACUGCGAGAAGCUGCUACGCUUCACAGUUCCCAUACUACGACCUGGGGGAGAAGAAGGACAAGAGAUUUGAUUGGCAGCCUGGAAAAGGUCACCUCAGGCCCCAGACCUGUUUGUCUGAGCUACAGGAUAGUUUUAUCAAAUCUGAGGUGCGUCGACGCUUCCACCACCAGUUCCCUGAAACUAACCCUGACCUUCGUGUCAACAUCACCACUGGCAAGAAACAUGUUUUCUUCGGCAUGAAUGCACAAGUCAUUCGUGGAUGACGUUUUCAUUUGGUUCAUUUUGUAUUCUGACACUAGAAUGUCAAGUUUUUAUUGAAUUAGGGAAUGGUUUAAAUGAUGAUCAAAUUUAGCUUGUUUUAAGAAUUUUUGUAAUAUAAAAGUUUAGGUUUUAAAAAUGUGUGUGCCUGCUACUAACUUUAAAACCAAAUGACAUUCUAGGGUUUAUAAUACGUUGUUUUUUUUUGUAUUGUAUAUUUUACCUUCUUGAAAUUUUGUGUAAAUUUUGCUCACCAAUUGUUGUUAGUCAUUUGCAAAAUUCUGUGGAGAUUUUCUUUGAAUUUAUUGUUUUAUUUAUUGUUUCUCAUAAUAAAAUUUCACAGAUAUGUUAUGAUGAACUUGAAAGUAAAAACUUAGUUUUAAAAGACUAGAUGCUACAAAAAUAUCUUUACAGUAAUUGCACUAGAUUGGUUAUACAUUUAUAAAAUUGUUCUGCUUUUGAUAUAUGAAUUAUUUUUUCAUUCUUUGCUUCCCUCUCUAGGACCCAAACAAGCCUUUAUAUCACCUCAGGUUGUGGAUUUUACAAUAAAAAGGUUUAUGGAAACCUGCUGUUACCCAUGAAAUAAAUACAAACAACUUAACCAUACACACGUCUUUAUUUCUGUUUUUCUUCCUAGUUUUUGUUGAUUCUUUUAAAAGUUAAUUGUUUUUUUCUAGCAGUUUCAAAUCGAUUCAAGUAAAUUACAUUAAACAUUGUGACAUUAUGUUUUUGUGCUGUUAAAUAAUUUAUAUUUUUUUUUCAGUUUCUUCUUGAUGAAUUAUAAUAUACAUAAUCGUUUUUUAAUUGAGCUAAAUAUUUUAGAACAGAAUUUAACUUCAAAUGCUUUACAGAAAAUAGCACUUUGCUAGACUCUACCCCCUUUGAAAGUCUUCUCUUUCUUUAUUCAUGUUUAAUAACAUUGUUGUCACAUCACUAUUUAAACAUUGUCUUUUGUCAGAUAUCUUGUUCACAGAUUUUUACAUAUGUGUUGUAAACCAGUAUUAUGUACAAAGUUCUCCACAG